UGAUCUGUCUAUUUCUUAGUGUUCUUCCAGUAGCUGACAGUCUCUGGGCGGGCACCAGGUCAUGUAGUGGGUGUUCAGGGUGCAGCAUUGCCUUGAACAGGGAAACAGCAGCUGCUUAUCUCCUCUCCUUCAGGGAAGGCAGUUCUAUCAAAGUUAUGUCAAAGUAACGUUAAUGGAGCAGUUUUGAGAAUUUGCGACACGCACCACUGGAGUCCAGGAUAAUUAUGCAGCUGACUUAAUGACUUUCUACCGAGGCCCGCACGAGACCUUUAUCCUACACAAGUAACACACAGAACAAACUAGGCACGUACCGCAGUCUAACUCAGCUCAACGGACCGCAAAGAUGUGGAAGUUUCUGUUGCUCAUCGCGGCUGUGAUCGUCUGGCCGGGAUCGGCACAAGACCAACAGGUGUACCUGACCACGAUUGACAACUGGUCCUUUUGGAAGAUUCGUGCGACAGGCCCGAUGACCAAUGCCAACGUGAAGGCCACGUGUAAAGCGGCGGGGAUGAAGUUACCGUGCUACCGGAGGGGGAGGGACAAGUGGGGCUGGUGGGCCCCAGGCUGCAUCAAGUUUCACCAUGCCGAAUACAUAACGCUCAAUGCUCUCUCCGGUGAACUGUGUGGGCGCACGAGCGGGUACGGCAGUCGGUGUCAGCCGCUUGAUGAAACCUUUGUGUACGCUGCUGGCCGGGACAGCGCUUUCGGAGUGGAAUAUAUGUCUGACAACGCUGUUCUUGGCCUGAAAGGAGCGAAUUACAACAACAUGUACGCGCUGUGUGCAGGUGAGGAUGUUGCAUAG